AUGGGGUUAUGUGACAGUACGAGGUGUUGGAGGUGGCAGCAUGGCAGCGCCGCAGCGUUCAAGGCCGGGGUUGCUGCGCUGCUGCUGGGUCUCACCCUGGCUCAGACCGCCCCUCCUCAAACUAAAUGUCCUGCGGUCGCGGCCCAGUCGAACCUCACUGAGGCCCAGUACCACAACAUAACAGACGAGGACUACAGCGGCUUCUUAUCAGCUUUUGUCCAGUCGUUCCUCAACACGGUCCAGCCAAACCCCUUCCCUAAAGGUCAGAGUCAUUUUCAACACUCACAUCAUUACACAUGUUCCUGUCUGCCUCUUUUAAGUUUCCAGAGUGAAAUAUUUAAACUGAAUUAUAACAGGAUUUGUUAAUCAGUAAGUUGAUGCAAACUUUUAAACAUUUCCUGGUCAAUAUUUAACCCGUAAAUCCAGCUGGAGUUUCCCGUAACCCAGACUUUUGUCGCACCUGUGGUCUUUUGUCCAUCCUGGUGACGUACUCUAAUUGCUCCAUAAACCCUUCUGUAUUUUUCAUCUUACUUCCUUCUUGGUAAUGGUGUCAAAACAGACCAAAUGAACAAAGAAACAAUUCAAACCUGCUUCGCCCAGGUCAAAAUCAUUGUAAACAGUGAUCAUCCUCUUCAACAUCCUUCAUACAAUAGUCAUAUUUAAGCAAAUAGACAUUUAAUGUUGCAUAAGGCACUUGUUUCUUACUAAGAAUCCUUCCAUGUCAACAGUUGUUUGAACAAGCUGUCCUCGUUCCCUUUAUGACGAGGCAAAUGGUUUGAUUGCUGACUGUAAACUGAGGCUUUCUGCUCUACUAUAAGCCGCUACGCUUUGGGUUAUUGACAGUCGUGGGUAAAUAAUAAAUGUGUUUUGCUCUGCAGUCAAUCAUGAGGGUUUGAUCUUAAUGAAGUGAUGGCUGAAAAGAGAAAACAUGCUGCGUUGGUAGAGGUUGUGUAUGCCAACCGAACCGCCCUUCUCUGUAAUGUAGAUUCACGAUGUGGCAAAUUAAAUGUAUUUUUAUGUAUUUAUGCAGUUUGAUGAGUCAUUACUGAAGGAUUGAAACAACGCUUUCCACUGUCUCUACUCUUUAAUUUGACGGACUGAUACAGAAGCACAGCUAUCUAAAGAGUUUAUUACUGUUCUGUGAUAAGAACGCUGGUUUUUACAAUUACUGUGAGAUAAAAUUUGUUGUUUUCCUUGAGAUCUUGAGUUUUCCGAUCAUCUUAUGAUAACACAGUUGGUCAUCAGACAUUUCCAUUUUAUCUGAUUAAUUUAUCGUGUUAUCUCUAGACAAUAAAACUAGCUUUAUUAUAAUUAUGGAUUAUGGUUGUUUAUCGUUUUGGUAUCGAUCGUGACAUACUGUGCUAUCAGCGCCAGCUCUAACGAGGUCAAGUUGAAUCAAGAUCUCGAGGUAACAAAUGAAAUGACUUCUUAUUUACUGAUCCAAAUGACUCAUAAGUGAGGUCAGCCAUCGCUCACAACCACAGCGGAAGUGGAGAGAUACUGUGCCUGUGAAAUGUAGCAUAAAAGUAGGACAAGUUACCGAUCAUAUGAGAUGGAGUUACGAGAUCCUCUUUAAGUAAAACGGUUUACGCUGUAACAGAGACCUUAUCUCUGUUAUGAUAACUUAUCGUUAAUAAGCUUCUUGUAAGAAAGUGUAAUAAACUUAAAGACAAUAAUGAGUGUCAGUAAGUUUAUAAAACUGUAACUAACGCUGAGUUACUUAUAGGCUCUUAUAAGAAACUUGUUAACAGUUUAUGUACCUUUAUAGAUUGUCAGUUACAUUAAUGCUGUGUUCGAGAUACCUCGGAAGUCAAAUGUCGGAGCUGAAAAUGACGUCACACCCGAGUUACCAGCGUUUCAGUUACCAAGUCGGAACCGGAGACUGUAUAUAGAAUAGACGCCGUCUGCCUCCUCGCUGGGUGAAGCCACUGUGAGAACAGCACCCUCUGUUGACGGGCUGCAGUAUAGGUCAUAAAUCCCGCCUCCUCCAGCAAUCUCAAUGGAGCUGUGGACAAACUUUAGAGAUUUAUUACACAGAUCAUAAAUGUUUCUCCCCCCUGCUUGUGAUGUUGACAUGUAGUUCCUGUCAGACUGGUUUGUGCUCAAGUCCUCUUUAUUCUGUACAGCUCCGUUUUUAAAAGUUAUUAGGAAGUUCAUGUUUUCUAUGAUUGACACUUGAUACAGCCUAUGGGCGUACGAAGAUUGCGUAGCUCAUCCAGGGAUACGCUGUUUAAGCCGAGCGUCAUCACAGUGACUCUCGGCGACUCUACCGCUACAGCGCAAGUGGUGGAGUGUGUACAAUGCUACCAUGUUGUCUAUAGUAUAUAUAGUCUGUGGUCGGGAAAAAGCAAAAUCGGAGACGGGAACAAGAUGGCUACAUCUACGAAAUAUAAUAAGGACACAAGGCAAGCGCUAAAAUAACAUUCGUAGAUGUAGCCAUCUUGUUUCCGCUCAUUAACAUACAAAUGAUCAUAUAGAUGUUUCUCAACAUUAUCAUAAAUUGAAUAACUUUUUUUAUACUUAAGACUAACUUUUAAUGCAGCUAAUACACUCACCUUUAAGCUGUCACAGGAAUUUUAACAACUUAUAGGCGUCUUACUAAGUUUAAUAACAGGUUAUUGAACGUGAAUAAACAUCCUGUUGAUGUUAAUAACCACAGUGUGUCAAUGUCUUAUAAGCAAUAAUGAAUGUGUUAAUUAUGCUUUUAUAAACACUUACUGACACUUAUAAAUAUUUAUGCAUCCUUUAAGGUCUUAUCAGUAGCUUAUUAGAUAUUCAUGAAUUUUUAUCACUAGGACUUUAAUAUAAGUGUUCGUUUAAUAAUGCACCAUAUAUUCAGGUCAGUGUGGUAACUGUGCAUGUCCUCUUUAGGCUUCCAUAGCAGAACAAGAAUAUGAAAUAAGGUUGAAAAGUGCAGCAUGUUGAAAACAUGUCAGAACAGAGAGAAAAAGCAGAAGCAGGUCACAGCUUCAUGUCAUGUUUGUUCACACCUCCCUGUCAUGUUCAGAGACCCCAACCAGGCGUUUAUAAUCAACAGAAGGCGAUUCAAACCAAUCAGUCAAUACAGCGGAGUGAGACAAACUCAAAAAUUUCAGCACUUUCACACCAGAUUAUCAUCUAAAGUUAUGGAUACUUUGACGUAUAGAUGAUCACAAAAACAAAAACAGCUCAUGUAAAGAGACCCCGCGUGUCUUCUCAGUUACCCGCACCUGUGUUUCCUGAAGAAUACAGACAAUAGCAGCUCCAACACGACCAUAAAAGCUUUGUAUUGUUUUCUUUUUGUAUGUGUCCAUGUGUGUGUGUGUGUGUUUGUGUGUUGUGUGUGCAAAAAUCUAAUCGCAGCCUGAAAGCUGUCCUGGUUUCCAGGUAACCAUAGGAUGAAGGUGUCGCAUUUCUGCUUUUACAAUGAGAGUGAUUAAAAUGUUUGCGUGAAGGACACAAUGUCUGCGUGUCCAAGGCUCUUUUCUUGUCCACAUAGAUGACCAGAAUAAAGGCCAACGCUGUGACACAGUGGUUACACGGACGCUUUAACACGUGUCCUCUAAAAUCACUGGAAAGUAAAGAGCGAUUCCUUGAUUUAACCAUUUUCUCUGAUGUCUUCACAGAAAUUGUCGUGCGAAUGAUCAAGGAUUUAAAUCAAGUGCUGUCAAACCAAGACCUCAUCAAAGACGUGAGUGUGUUUUUCUCGACUUUGACAUAUUUCUAGGAUGAAGUUGUAGAUGUGGGAAAAAAACAGACACACCCUCCUCAGAGGCCCUUGAGCUGGUAAUCUGAUAGUGUUUAACAUAAGAGCAGCCCUUGUGUGUAUGGAUCCCAGUCCACUGAAGUUACUCCGUCAGCCGCUCUGAUUGUGGUCUUUUACCACAGUGAAGUCGAACACAGUUUGGUGUCAUUUCGCUGGGUUUGACAUCACAACAGACCACAAAGAGAUGCUGCAAUCUCAGCCUUUCAAUAGUGAUAAAUGCCAUCUGUGUCAAAGUUUGUAUUUGUGUGUCCAAAAACAGGCAACUGGACUGUGUAGAGUUGAGAAAAAACUCAUCGAGAAUCUACAUGGAUGUAUUUGUGUGUGUGUUUUUUGUUCAGGCCCUGGAGUAUCAAGUGGGAUUCCUGGUGUGUGCAGCCAUCGGCGUCCUGUACAUCGUCCUCAUGCCCAUAGUGGGUUUGUUCCUGGCCUGCUGUCGCUGCUGUGGGAACUGCGGAGGGAAGAUGUACCAGAAGCAGACGUCCUCUGUUCACUGUCACAGGAGAGCUCUUUUCUGGAGCGCCUUCGUCACCACGGCCAUUAUCCUGUGAGUGUGUGAGAGCGCGUGUGUGUGUGCUCUCAUGUGUGUGUGUUUCUAGACGGCGUAACGAUGUGUUAUCUGAAAUUAGCAUCCAAAAAGGCAGCUUGAAAGUGCACGCCUCGCCGCCUGUCUGCUUCCUCGCUCAGACUGACGUGUUCAUGACUCCAAUUUAAAGCUGUUUCUGUUUAUGUGUGUGUGUGUGUUUAGAGCUGGAAAUAUCUGCAUGUUCAAAAGUAAUGAAGCCCUCAAAGUGACCAUUGACCAGACUGCAGAUGGGCUCAGCAGAACCUUUGACAACAUCAACACUUUCCUGUCUGCUGUGCCUGAGGUAAGAGAAGCCUUUAUUCGCUGCAAUAAACGGAUAGAAAAUGAAAUAUCAUGAUUAUAGUAUAAAGUCUGUGAAAUCUUUAGUAUAUGGAAACAAUAAAAGAUGGCCAAAAUAUUGUUGAAAUGGUUUAUGAUGAUCACAGACAUAGAAAUUGAGUGAAUAGACGUCAGAUUUAGAAGGACAGAAGCUAGUUUGCUUUGGAUGAGUGAGUGAACUUUGGGCGUCAGGUGUGAAGAGGUAGUUUAGGACCCACAACUAAAAGGGAUGUGGUCACUUCUCCUCAUGACUCAACUCAUAAAAGAAAGAGAAAGCAGACUGUACGUGGUUCGACUGAAGAGUACAGAAAUGCAUCACAAAAUUGAAACCAGAUUGGGCGAAGACGACGAGGUGUGAGUGUCAGAAAAUCAACGUUUCAGUUGUCGGAUGAGUGGUAGACGUGAGAAAAUAAACUACAAAGAUCACCAAAGCCAAACUAAACAAACUCACAGUCCCACGUGAGGAGUUGUGGAGGGUAUGAGAGAGAGAGAGAGAGAGAGAGAGAGAGAGGGAGUGAGGGGGAGAGAGGGGGGAUGUGGGUUGACUGGAUCUUAAAUACACCUGGGAGACUGUCCAGGUGCUCCCAGGUGCUGGGAAACCCCGCCCACCAGCGACUUGUAGACACAAACACAGAAACUGAACCAGAAAAACAAAAGAGCCGUUCUGCACCAGCGAGACGGUGAAUACCAUAAAAAAUGUGACAUGAAAUAAACAUUAAAGUCAGAGUCCAAAAGAUUUGAAACACCAGAGACUCGAUGACAUGAUCCUGUGGCUACUAUAAGAAAAUCCUCAACAUUGCUUUCUAAACUUCUGCAGUUAAGAUAUCAGAUGAUUUUGCUGAUUUCCACAACAUACAUUUGCUGAAAAUUACACUUGAAUCUGUCACACAAACAAAUCUCGAGAGCACUGUGCUGCUUUCCAGUUAUUAUCCUAUUUUUCCUCUUACUCUCUGGUGGAAACAGACAAGUGAGCAUCCUGUAAUGCCCAUUAAAGGAUGGGGGAGGCAGUACGGUGUACUACGAGUCCUGUAUUUUAGGAGCUCUCAUAAAUUGCCAGGAAAAACUAGCGCAGAGAGGAUGGGAAAGGGUCCUGACAGCUGGUGAAAAAGUUCCAGUACGCCUAAGGGUUGAAUUUAGUAGCAGCAGCACUGCAUACUAGAGCCUGUGUGAAACAGCUAGUCUUAUUCUGGUUUCACAUAUUUAGUAUUCUGCAAAAUAUUAUGAUUUAUUCUGUAUUUUAUUCAUAUGUGCAAAGGAAAGGAUAAAAGUCAGACAGAAAUGAUCAUUAUAGAUAAGAAACCCCUCAAACCCCCGAGGUUAUAUCAAAUUUAGAUGUUUGCAAAAAACGAAAACCAGGAUAAGAAGACAUUUAACACCUGAUUCUGAAUCCAACAGCUUUCUUGAUAACAGAGUACGGAGACGGUAAUGUCAUUUAUAGCAGGGGGACAUUUUUCUCUGUCAUGUUUACUCCCUAACUCUACCUGAUGAGCACCUCCUCCUGUCACCCGUCUUUGACAGUAACACUCUUCAAUUCAGACAUGUGCACAUCUGUUGAGUUGGCACAUUUCAUCCUGCCUCUGUCACUGGCGCUCUGUGAGCCUUCAGCUUUUUUCGUUAGAUGCAAAUAAUUCUGCUGUCAGUCAGCUGAUUAACGACCAGCUCUCUAUCCCGCAGUGUCAAUACGCUUAUCUGAAGAUACAACAAGGCAGGGAAAAGGUUGCAGGGGAGACAACGGGACUCUGUGCUGUUUGUUUCCCUUCAUUUACAAAAGCUGCUUUGUAGGAUUAUCUCCUGUGAUCAGCCUUUGACAAACUCUAUGUUGUACUUAAAGCUGUGUCUUAAGUGCACACUUUGGAGCAACGUUUCUUUGUCUUUGUCUUUGUCUGUUUCCAGGAAAUGAGCCAUGUGGUGAAUGAAAGCUACAAAACCAUACAGGAGGUGACCAGGAACCUAGAAAGUAAGAACAGGAACUACUGCAGCGAAAAAUAGAGGAACUACUUUUAACUGAUGUGAUACAGUUUCUGUUCUUGACUCGUCUUUAACUCUUUCAUUACUUCCACCAGCGAUAGGACCUCAGCUGGGAGCACAGAUCCAGGAGGCGUUCAGAGAUACCAUCAAACCUGCAUUAAACUCAGUGCGACUCUUAGAUGAAGGUAUGAUGCGUCUGCACGCUCUGUCCUGUUCCAGUCUGAGCAUGUGAACACUUGUGUGAAUAUUUGCCACGGGCUCUUUAAUUAUAGGCGGGGCCGACUCCGGAGAACACGAUGUGGUUUUAGUUUAGUUUACUCCUCACGCUGACAUGGAAAAAUUGGAAUAUCUCUCGAGCCUUGUUGUUUUCUGAGACCAUAUUUAUGACUGCAAUAAAACAAAAGUCACUGAAAUAAAUAAUCAUUCCAGUGAUCGCCCUUUCCCAUGAUCCUCUGUCUGCAUGGGCCAAGAUAACUCCAAACUACUCUCUUUAUUUAGACUCUCUUAUUUGGGUCUGUCAUGUUUGAAUGAGUCACUACUUUGUUUAUGGAAAUACAGGACAGCUUUUUAACCCUUGGCACAGCCUCCUCAAGAUCUCUCUCAGACUUGUUUUACAAUCUGAGUCUAAAUGAGGUGUCAAAAAAACACUAAAAUUACAUCCUCUAUGACAGCACGCGCCAUGACACAUCCUCUCCUAAGGGUGCCAUGUGCACAGACUGAGAUAGUAGCGCCCUCACCACCUGUGAAGUUCUGCAAUCCUAAAUAUUAAAGCCUAAAGUGCCAAAAAGAGUCAUAGCUGAGGUUGGCUUUGAGUAGAAAAGCAACAUCAUAUCAGUCCACCGAGCAUUUUUUGGUCUAAAAGAGGUCUAAUAGACAUCUAAAGGUCCUUUCACACUGGGAAUGACGCAAAUAUACGAUGCAAAAUUACAAAAUAUUCAGGGGUGAAUUUUGACGCGCCUGAAUAUACACAUCAACCGCGAUGCGAUUUUGCGACUUUCCGAGGGGAAAAAAAGAUGCGUCCCGAGUGGAAGUGAGAAGACUGACACAACAGCAGACUGAGUGUUUUUCAGUUCUGAUUAGACACUAGUGUUGAGAUGUCUGUCUGUCAUGAUAGCAUGUACUGAGACCUAAUGGUGCUGUGACAGCAACGCUGUGAUUGACUUUGAGACAGUGAAAAUACAUAUGGUAUGUUGUAUCUGAGCAGGUUAGCUUACAAGCUAAAGUUACUUAGCACAGAUGAAAGUUAAAACAAAGACGUUUAGCAAACUGUUAAAGCACACAAACCAUCGUCAUAUGAGAAAUCCGACGCUAUGACUCUCCACAAGUUGUCCUUCAGGUUGUUAUCUUUGUAAUAUUUGUGUUUUUUAUCAAAAAGCACUCUGUUCUCCGACACGUAAACAAUCAGCGGGUCGGACAUGUUGGAUAUACCGGUGAAUCUUAUGUCGCAAGAACACGAAAUCUGAUUGGUCAGAAGUGGACACACAGUAUGCGCAACUUAAAAAUAAUUAAAUAGUUAUCGAAUAAUGGGUUAAAGUGCAACGUCUGAAUUUCGUCUAAAUAUUUACUGAAUCUAGACGGUUAAAAUUAGCUCUAAAAACAAACAAACAACAUAACAUGGGUGUUAAUGGGGGAUCCAGAGCUUUAGAGCCAGCCUCAAGUGGACACUUCUGGAACUGCAGCUUUUUGAACGAUCACUCUGACCUCUUUUGUCAACACCAGAGGUUGCCAUGGUUACAAUCUACCUUUUAUAUAUAUGUCUAUAGCGUGGCUCAGUUCAUACAGGUGUGGUUGUAAACCCUCAGGCAGCACUUGAGGGUUACUAUGUAAAAAGACAUCAAAAAGCGAAGUUGAACACAGCCCGCACUGUGAGAGACAGAUCGACUGAUAAUGUUGGCUGAUGUAAGGAGUUGCCCCAAGGUUUUUCUUUUUCAUGUAUAGCAUGGGACAUAGUUUCUGCAUUUGUCAGCUUUACCUCCCCUACAUUAAUAUGUACAGUGUAAAUAUGUACCAGCUUACUCUGUCAUUAACGACAGCCAAUGACAGAAAAAUCUGGAACAUAACAACAUAACUGAAAUGAUUGAUACUUUCUCUGGUAUGUACUGAAUGACACAGAGAGUGUGAUAGGACUGAAACCUAACAUAACAUGAACACAUAAAGCAUCAGUAUCCUGUCAGUUAGGGACGCAUUCGGAGGUGAGGUUGGUGUGUGCGAUCAGAGAGAACACAAUGUUUCAGUCCAACCAUCCACCUUUUAUUAAAGGAACACAUGACAGAAGAGUAGACUCAUAUACAUGUUUCAUUCAGAUAAAAUCUGUGUAAUAUAAGGGGGCCGGAUGUCUCGGGGAGUUCACAUGUAACUGUAGACUCAGGGCAGCACUUCAGGGGGAUUAUGUAAAAAGACAAAGGCCGAGUCUCAGAUUUCAUCAAGGAACUAAAUAAACGAAUCAAGUUUUUUUUUUUUUUUAUAUUGAAAUUUGAGAGACAAACUGAAAAAAACACAAAGGUAGAGUCUAACUUGUUUGACAAGAAUACCAGAAGUUUUAUGUCAAAUACACUCACAGCAUGUUAUGAUCAAUGAAUGAGCUCAACAGAGGAGUUUUAUUACAGGUUUUUUACGAAUGAGUAAAAAAGUUUCAUGUUACAGAAUGUACCAACAUGUUUCCUAAAACUGCACAUUUGAUACUCCACAAACUCACUGUCUGUUCCAGGAUUCAUUUCAAGAUUUCAUUUCGAAAACUUAAGCUGUGUUGAAUCACCUUUUCUAACAGAUUUCUAGUUUAUCUCGUCUUGUGUUUUCAUUUUGUAAGAAAAUACUUUUUUCAGAUUUUUAGUUCGCUGUUGAAUUCAAACCAGGCCACACUUACAAAAAGAUGAUAACCUUGAUUAUCAUUUUUUCAAACUUGAUCAUUUGCUGACUAAUCCUCGUGUGUUUCCUCUUUGUACGAGCAGACACCGAAAACACCAGCGACCAACUGAACAAGUUGAACUCAUCCUUGGCGGAGCUGCAGUCCAGCGUGGAUCGCCUCCAGGCCAAUGUCACUGCUGUUAAAGAUCACAUCAAUCAGACUUUAUCCAAUCCAGACUGCACUGGCUGUGACAAACUGCUGCCCGAGCUGAAGGAACUUGAUACGCUGGACACCACCAUCAUUGUAAGUGCUGGAUCUGUACGACCUUGUACGUUCCUCUUGUUUUCUUCUUGAACUGGUGCAUUAAAUCCCUGAACCAAAUGAGGUCUGUCCAAACAUCCUCUCCCAUCAGCUUUAGUGUUUUGUUUUUUUGCAAAUGUUGAGUGAGGUUUGACUGCUCAGGUUUCAAACUUGUAGAAUCAGAGUUCAUGAUCAGACCAUUUUUACCAUUUUUGAGAAGAAGCUCCAGACGUGUUUCUGCCGUCAAACCCCCCUCUGACGCAGGCGGAGGAGACAGGUUGACACAUGAAAACGGCUCGUCAUUCUUGGCUUUGUCUGGACAGCUGAUUUGUCCUCCUCCCAUCUGUUCUCCUCUGUUCCUCCUACACUCUGACACAUGCACACUCCCCUCUCAUUUUCUAACAGAUUUUAAAUAAAAGUGCUAAAAUACCUCAUCUGCAUCAGAAAAUAAUGACAUGCAAAUCAUUAUUUAUAACUCAUUUAACUGAUGCUCUGCACUAUUGAUCCAUCAGUGCUUGUUCUACUGCGGUCUGCUGCCCCCCUCUGUUUGUAUCAAGUAUAACACAGAGUUACAUGUGAUUGCUGGUCACACUGUUUGCACGUGUGUCUCUGUUUUUCUCUCUCCUAGAUUCCCAGCGCGAAGGAGCUUCAGUUCGCAGUGGAUGAAGUCAUGAAAAUUAAUCUGUCAUCCAAAGUGAAGGAGGUCUGUGACGUCUGACAACCAAUCAUGAGCUGAUCAUCCCGUUAAUCAUCACAAUAAUGCCGGCCUUGUUGCCAUAAAGAGUGUGAACAGACUUUAACCAGAGAUAAAGAGCUAACACACACACAUACACACACACACAAAGCAUGAAUUUAUCGCUCUGUUAGUGACACACUUUGAAGUGAGGCUGCAUGUAAUCAGAAAUAAAUCAGUGCAUCACUGCAACAAAGACACUUUUAUAGAAAAGACAUGAUCCCAAAAGUAGGCGAAUCAGUUAGUUUACUGUGCUGCAGAGGUGUUAAAACUUCCGCCUGACUUCAUUUCAGGUGGAGGAUUAUUUCAACAGCAUCCCUCAGAGAGUGACGAAUGACACCGAGGGUAUCGUUCAAAGUGAGUGAGAACAUUUACACCAUUUUCUUCUCUCUACACGAUAAGUUUGUGGUUUUGCUCAUUGAGCUGGAUAAUAGAAGUAUUAAGAAAAAGUCACAUGUGUCUGUGAUGUUUGCAGGUAGCAGGAAGCUGCUGGACGACAUCAGAGCUCAGAUCGUAAAGAUCGCAGACAUCCCUCUGGCUACUCUGGACAAUAUAACGGACACUCUGGAUGAAGCGCGGAGAGAGAUCGCAAGGAUCAUACCGCAACUUGAAAGAGGCGAGCGCAUCAGGUAAGGAGAGAGGACACAUAACACGGAUGAUCAGUGGGAUAUAAAGGCAGAAACCUGUAACAACAUGUGUAUUCAUCUCCAGAUGGGGAGUGUGUGUGGCCCUGUGCUGCCUGGUCCUCCUGGUGGUGGCGUGUUACUUCAUGGGUAUGAUCCUUGGCCCCUUGGGUCUGAAACCCAAUGCAGACCCCAGGAAACGCUCCUGUACAGCCGACUCUGGUGGCACCUUCCUCAUGAUGUGAGUGCUCGGUUUGAAAUUCAGUUUUUUUUUCAGCCUGCCUUCUCUUGCUGCUUCAUCAUUACUGCUUUGCAACCAGUCUGAUCUUACUAGUGUUAUAGAAUAUUUUCACAAAUUAGAAACAUGACCAAAGUGUUGAUAAACACCAAUAAAAGUGCAGCUGUUUUAGAGAUGAUGAUAAUGGGAUGAUCUCAGAUUUUAAGGUGAAGUUUCAAAGUGAGAAACUUGAUGCAACAAAACAUGUCCAACUUCCUUGACCAAUGAAGGCACCACUGCUUGUCCAAGCAUUUGAACACCAUGUGAAUUCAGGGUUAUCUAAAGUGUUUCACGUCUGUAUCUCCUGACCUCUGACCUUGGUGUGAUCACAGGGGUGCAGGUUUCAGUUUCCUCUUCUCCUGGCUCUUCAUGAUCCUGGUCCUGGUGCUGUUCCUGCUGGGUGGGAACAUCUACACACUGGUCUGUCGGCCCUGGGACAACGGACAGCUGUUGAAGGUAAGGACACAAAAACAAACACCUGCACACAUUUACAUCCUUCAGACACUUAAUUUGUUUACUUCAUUUAAUGAAGAUCCUCAGAGGGUUUUGCAUGAGAAACAUUUAGACAAAUAAGUGAGACAGAAAAAACUCUGUAUUUGUGUUAAAACGAUUCUCUUCUCACUCCACAGCUCUUGGAUACUCCAGGUUUGAUUCCAGGGUUUGAUUCCAUUGGGCCGAGUUUGGGAUUGAAAUCUCGAGUCAACAUCUCAGAUAUCUACAAGUAUGUUGACAUCUCACACGGCAAAGACUGCAUCAGAUCUUGUUUAAUUUGACUUUUUCCUCAUGUGUCCAAGCAGCGAGCUUCAUAAAUAUGGAUUAUGAUUUGUAGCUGUAGAAAUAAGCUUGACCUGAUUCUAUGUCAACAGAGCCUGUGAGCGAGACGAGCCUCUGUGGACGACACUCCACCUGGAUGAGGUCAUAGACCUGGAUGACACGCUCAAUGUGUCCAAAGUGAGUUUUAUUACAUCUGUUUUCAAAUGUUUAAAGCUUCUAUGAGGAGUUUUUUACAUUAUUCAAAUAGAUGGAAAUUCAUACAGAUGCCUUUUGCAUGAUACAAAAAGGCAACAAAAUCAUAAAGCUGAUUUGGACACUUAGAAGACAAGAUAAACAAAGACUACUCUGUCCACAGGGGGCGCCAAAAUCGACACAAACAGAAAGUUCCUCAUAGGAGCUUUAAAUAACUGUAUAAUUGGUCUUUUUCUUUUAGAGCAUUGGGUCACUUUUUCCUCUCUCACUCUUAGUACACAGAUCAGAUCCUGAAUUAUUUCGACGACGUUGACAUCACCCUCUCCACCCUCACCCUCCUGAGCCCCGACAUUAAAGACCAGCUCAGCAGCUUCUCCGGCGAAGCCGAUGAUUUUGACGCGGUUGACAUCACGCCUCAGGUUAGCGUAGUUUCCUCUCAUAAAUUUGUCCUUUGUGCUGAUUUCCCCUCAUGACAUGUAUCCGUUGUCUCCACAUUAGAUCAACAAUGUUUCCAGAAUUAAUCUGAACACAACGGCAGAUAAACUGGACCAGUUAGCCAGCCUUCAAGUGAGUCACAAGACAUUAAUAACACACAUAAUUUCUUAUUAAUAUUCAUCCACAUGAUUCCUGACUGCGUCUUUCUUUCUGCUGUGCAUUUUUUACCCACUAACCAGUGAUUUGCAUGUUUUUAGACGAAUAAUAAUACUAAAAAAGAGCUUCAGGAUCAGGCCAGAGAGCUGAGGCAGAUCCAGGCCGCCAUAGAAACAGCUCUCAUCCCUCAGAUGGUGAGUAUCUCUGCUGCCAUUUCUCCUAAUCUCCUCAUUUUGUCUCUCCUGUUUCCCUUCACUGGCCAUCCAUCUGAAUUUAAACUCAGACGCCUAAUGCUUCUGCCCUCAGGAAAACAUCAACACAAGCGUCGCAGGCCUUCGAUUCAUCGCGCAAAAAAUCAAUGUGAGUACACCGACUAACACCUGGAACUGCCAAGUGUGAAGAGCAUCAUUUUCUCUCUUUCUUUUUCUGUCAGAGGUUCAUUCUCUCCUCUUCUCCUCCAGGGAACGGUGGGGGAGGUGCUGAGCAACGUGGGAGCAGCACAAGACUUCCUCAACACAAAUACGACACAGAUCGUCAAGACCGUGAGUAGAGCUGGAAGAGUCACAUGAGUUGGAAGAAAAAGUGCUCCAUGUGGUCUGCUAAUGCCUGCGGUCGGUCACUCACUUAGCCUGAGGGGGGAAGUGGGGAGGUGGGACUGCCCAGUCAGCGCUGGUCUGCUGCUCGUGCUUGAAAUUAUAUAGCUGUUGGAUUCAACGAUUAAAUGUUCAUAAUUUGUCUUUAAUUUGGUGUAAUGAGGGGUUUAGGGGACCUUUUUUAUUUCCUAUGAUUGGUAGGAUCCUAACAGAGGCAAAUAAUACUUAUUAGUACGUCUUUUUUGGGGUUAAUCCAGGUACAAAUAUGAACAAAAGAGAAGUACGAUAAGGACAAGAACAAGAACAACCUGGCUGAUAAUGAUAGCAAACAUCAAACAAAACCAAAAACCUCUCGACUUCCUCAUCUUAUCUAACCGGCUGAAUGAGAUAGUUCAGGUUCUCUGGAGUGGGGUUGUAGGAGGUUCUUGUCAAUAGUGAGUACAAUAAUUAAAGGAGAUAACAAUCAGCACAGCCCUUGUUUACUGAGACUGGUCAGAGUUUCCACAUGGAGGAAAAACCUCACAAAAACACGACCUUUACUCACCAAAAAGAGCUCUACAUGUUCUGCACAAAGUUCACCUACCUGCUGAUAAUAACUCCACCGUACACAUGAGGAGAAGAUUUAAGUCACAGCUAUAGAAAGAUAGCUUUAAUCCAAAUCUUUGUAUAUAAAGAAAACUAAAUCAUCUUUAUAUAAUUAGUUGUCCAUCUUUAUAAGUUCUCUUGAUGUGGUGCAAAACUGACACACGGACAUCUAUAAACUGUCAUUUCUAGAGCUUGUGUCUCACUUUGAGUCACAAAACAUUUCAGUCAGACGAGACUUCACUAUGAGGGAAAAAUGCUUCUUUUACCAGAUCUGAUUAGACUCUACAGUUAUGUUGUCAAGUAGUUAAAGGGGACGUGAGGUCAAGGGUCUUGGCACAGUGUUGGUGGGGAAGGAAGGAUGCGGCAUGAGCGGAGGAGCCAAGGCGGGAGGCCGAUGAUGUGAGGUUCCUGUCAGGUUCAGACUAAAAGAGUGAACGCCCAUAAUUAGCUGAGCAGCAAAACAGGAAGAGGGUGAAUUUGAGGUGAAGAUGAGUGAAUAAAUGAGUCCUCCUGCUGAACUUGGCUGAGCUUCAUUUCUGAUUAUAUUUAUUUCAGCAUGUGAACUUCCUCUGUGACCAAAGUCAUCUGAUAACACUUUGAAAACCAUCCACUAAACCCAAACUUCACUCGGAGAAAGUGUUUAUUUAAAUGUAUGAAUUUGUCGCUCACAGACAAGAUAAUAUAGACCGAUACAGGAGAAUUUAAUGUUGGUUAAAUAUCGGAUAUAUCUUUCAAACACUUAAACGAACAACUGUGCAUGAAAUAAUCUUCAUAAACAAACGUUCCCCUCGCUUCAUUUGAUCAUAGCACUAUUGCAGUUCUUCAUGGGUCACUUCAGAGGAUUUACCCCGGGGUCCAACUUGCUGAGAUGGCGAGGCAUUCCUCUGAUUCCUCAUGACUUCCCACUGUAAAGCAGGGAGAAAAUGUGAGGAAUUUACUCUCCGUCUCUCUCUCUCUCUCUUGUUCCCAGGAGAGUAAGGAGUUCGUGGACUGUCAGAUGGGUUAUUUCUUUGUUUAUGCUGACUGGGCCAAACUCACGGUAAAGUCUGUCCACCUGUGUCUGCACUUAAAGCAGAUAAAGCUCCAUGUUCGCACACGCUCAUUAGUUCACAUCUUACUGAUACACGUCUUCUCCCUCAGAUCACAGUGCAUAUCGGCCGCUGUGGACCUGUGGCAGACGUCGUGGACUUUUUUGAGAGUCUCAUCUGCUUGAACUUGGUGGAAUCUCUGGUGAGGAUGGAGCGUUGAGAACUUCACCUGAAGCUGUUCUUCAUCAUUGCUGUUUUUUAAUCUUUGCUAAGCUCUUGUCCUCUAACAGCUCGGCACAGUUUCACCUUUACUCUCUCUCUCUCUCUCUCUUUCAGAAUGCGUUCUGGUUCAGUCUGGGUUGGUGCAUGAUCUUCUUCGUCCCCGGUAUCAUCUUCUCCAUCAAACUAGCAAAGUACUACAGGAAAAUGAAGUACUCGGAUGUCUUUGAGUAAGAAGCACAGCAACAACAACAAACAUGCAUCCAGCUUCAGUGGUGGGUUCAAAUGGUAGCAUUGACUCACCUAGGAAUUCAACAGGUUACCCAAAUAUAAUUCUAAAGUAUAUUCUCCUGGUCAGAGGCAGGACUUACUGUAGGUUCAAAUACUUAUUUGACUUUUGCAACAGGCUGCCAGUAGCUUUUAUUUGUUUUUAUGGUAGCGAUAUUUAUUUUUUUGUACUUCAUGAAGUGACUUUUAGAGAGACAUCUUAGGACCACCCCAACAACUUGAUCUAUGAUUGACUAUUUGCUGAGUCAAAGCAGGACUAAUGUUCAAAACAACUUUUAUUUUCUUACAAUUAGGGAUGUGAACUUAAAGUUGACCAAUUUAUUUUCCCCUACGUAUGUCAGCAACAGAAAUAGAAGUUGAUUAGAAGAGUUUUUUGUAAAAAUUUUUUUAGUUUAAGGCCCAAAAUGUCAUUUGUAUAGUGUGUCUGGGGUUUAACAUUGACAUUAUGCUAAAAAUCGCAGUUACACAGGCUGGUUUCAGGCAUCAAAAACUAAGAUAUAAAAAUCAGUGAGUGAUAGUUAACAUUAAUAAUUAGUGAAUACAGAGAGGCUUCAUAAAUGCUAACUGGACAAGUAUUAAAGGGAUAUUCCGGCAUAAAAUUAAUGGUACGCCGGAGUACCCCUUUAAAUUAGUGCUGGGGUUGGACCACCUCAGUCAAAAACUCUGGACACACCCCUGUCAACAGCAGCCGUUUCUUUCUACACACUUCUCCAUGCAUGCAGUUUUUUGAUCACAUGACUGAUUCAUUACGCCGUGAAAGCCAGCCGUUAACUUCUGUUCAUUUUUCUAUUUCCAGAGAGAACUUAACCAUGAGCCACAUCCCACGGGCCCACGUGAAAAUCUCCUGA